UAGACAAUUAAUUAGUCUUUGUGUGUAAAGUGGUCUUGGCGCUUCGUAAUUGUUAGGAGCAUCGAUGGACUUCUUCUUAGUUGUUUUAGUUGUGAUUUUUGAAUUUUGCAUGCUGGGUUUUGCUUUAUUUACAUGGAAUGAUAUUGCGUACAACAAUAAAAGUUUGCCUCCUGGAACUAUAGGCUGGCCAAUUUUUGGUCAGACUAAAGAGUUCUGUAAACAAGGACCUAACUUCAUGAAAAAUCAGAGAACCAGGUAUGGGAAUUUCUUCAAAUCCCACUUACUUGGUUGCCCUACUAUUGUUUCAAUGGAUGCAGAGGUGAAUGAAUAUAUUCUGAAUAAUGAAGCAAAGGGAUUAGUCCCAGGCUACCCACAAUCCAUGUUAGACAUUUUGGGAAAAUUCAAUAUUGCAGCUGUCCAUGGUGCUGCUCACAAGCACAUGAGAGGUGCACUUCUAUCUAUGAUCAGCCCUACCAUGAUCAAAGAACAACUUUUUCCCAAAAUGGAUGAAUUCAUGAGAUCCCAUUUGAGCAAUUGGGAUAGUUGCAAUGUCAUUGAUAUUCAACAAAAGACCAAAGAGAUGGCACUUUUCUCAUCAUUGAAACAAAUUGGUGGAUUUGCAUCUAGCUCAAUAGUUGAAGAAUUCAGGACUGAAUUCUUCAAACUUGUACUAGGGACCUUAUCACUGCCUAUCAACCUUCCAACUACAAACUAUCAUCGCGGAUUUCAGGCGAGGAAAAACAUCGUCAAACUACUGCAAAAAACAAUAGAAGAUAGAAGAGCUAGCAAGGAAAUUCAACAAGACAUGCUUGGUUCUAUGAUGAACAUUAAUGGCGAAGCGAAAAAUAGAUUCAAAUUAACAGAUGAAGAGAUCAUUGAUCAAAUCAUUACAAUAAUAUACUCUGGAUAUGAAACUGUAUCCACUACUUCUAUGAUGACAGUCAAAUAUCUCCAUGAUCAUCCAGCAGCUCUUGAAGAACUUAGAAAAGAACAUCUGGCAAUCAGAGAAAAGAAAAGUCUGGAGGAUCCUAUUGAUUACAAUGAUUAUACAGCUAUGAAAUUCACAAGAGCUGUGAUAUUUGAGACCAACAGAUUAGCAACGAUUGUAAAUGGUGUUCUUAGGAAAACCACACAGGAUAUGGAAUUAAAUGGAUACAUCAUUCCUAAAGGAUGGAGGAUAUAUGUGUAUACAAGAGAGCUUAAUUAUGAUCCACAGAUUUAUCCUGACCCAUAUACCUUUAACCCAUGGAGAUGGCUGGAAAAGAGCUUGGAGUAUCAAAGUUCGUUCUUGAUAUUUGGAGGAGGUACUAGGCUUUGUCCUGGAAAGGAACUUGGUGUUGCAGAAAUUUCUACAUUUCUUCAUUACUUCGUAACAAGAUACAGGUGGGAAGAAGUGGGAGGAGAUGAAUUGGUGAAAUUUCCUAGAGUUGAAGCACCAAACGGUCUAUGGGUUAAGGUUUCAGCUUACUGACCGGCAGCGGCGCGCGUUCGGACAGUUUGGAUUGAAUAGGAAGUUUUAAUUUUAAUAUUUUAUUUUUGAAUUAAAUAAAUUGCAAUCGAGCUUAAUCGAAUAAGCCUGGUUGAAUCAGAAUUAUUAAGUUCGAGCAUAGUUUUUAAAUUUAAAAUAUGUAAGUUGAGCUUCUGCUGCUUCUUACU